UGGUUGACAUUUGUUCCACCAAUCAACGUCCAAAUGAGACAUAACCAAACUACAAUUUUGAGAAAUGGCUGACGAUAAAGAAGUUGAGAAAACGAUUGCCGAAGACUUGGUCGUAACCAAGUACAAGUUAGCUGGACAAAUUGUAAACCGCGUCCUAGAACAAGUUAUUGCAAAAUGCGUACCUGACGCUAGCGUUCGAGAGAUUUGCGAAUACGGCGACAAAUUAUUAUUAGAUGAGACUUCUAAAGUAUUUAAAAAAGAAAAAGAUUCUAAGAAGGGCAUAGCGUUUUCGACGUGUGUCUCAGUAAAUAACUGUAUAUGUCACUUUUCGCCUAUUCCUAGCGAAUCUGACUAUAUUCUGAAACAAGGAGACCUUGCGAAAAUAGACCUUGGUGCCCACAUAGAUGGCUUUAUCGCCGUGGUAGCACAUACAGUCUUUAUUGGUGAUGGAGAAAUCGCUGGGCGUGCAGCAGAUGUACUACUUGCUGCUCAUCAGGCAAGCGAGGCCGCCUUGAGGUUAUUAAGACCAGGAAAUGAGAACUAUGCAAUAACAGAUGUUGUGCAAAAGAUUAGUGCAGAAUAUGGCUGCAAACCAAUUGAAGGCAUGCUUUCCCACCAACUGAAGCAGUUCCGUAUUGAUGGGGAAAAGAGUAUUAUUCAGAAUCCCACUGAGGCACAACGCAAGGAGCAUGAAAAGGCAACCUUUGAAACAUAUGAGGUGUAUGCCAUGGACGUCUUAGUGUCCACAGGGGAAGGAGUGGGCCGAGAAAUGGAUACACGGUGUACAAUUUAUAAGAAAACAGAUGAAGUCUAUCAGCUUAAGCUUAAGGCUUCAAGAAUGUUCUACAGUGAGGUUCGUAACAAACAUGGAUCAAUGCCGUUCAAUCUGAGGAGCUUUGACAAGGAGACAAGUGCAAGACUGGGCGUCGUGGAGUGUGUCAACCACAAGCUGAUUGAGCCUUUCCAGGUACUUUAUGAACGACCUGGAGAAUUAGUGGCGCAGUUUAAGUUCACCGUCCUCCUCCUGCCGAGCGGCACACACCGUAUCACUGGUCUGCCCUUCGACAAGAACAUGUGCAAGACUGAACGCACCAUCAAGGACCCUGAACUCAAUGCCCUCCUCAAUUCCUCCGCAAAGUCGAACAAGAAGAAGAAAAAGAAAACUGGAGCUGAAGAGGCAAUGGAAGUCGAAACAGCUGCCUAGCAAUCGGCUGGCCACUGCCCUGUGGAUUUUGCAAUACAAAGCUUUUAAAACAGACUAUAUUCUGGACACAAUAGUGAAAAAUUUAUUAAAGAUAUGCCUUAGCUUUAGCUAAACUGACAUUUCUCACAGCCUUUUGUAACAACUUUUUAAUUAAUACACAGUUAUAUUUUCUCUAUACUAAACUAUUUGAAUAGUUAAAGGUAUGUCUGUUUUUACAUGCAUAACUGAAUUAAUCGUACUUUUUUUAACUUCUACAGACAUUUCUUUAUAAUUUUGAAUGUUCACUUUAGGUGUCCUGUCAUCUGCAUUCCCUCUUAUUCAAAUUCUGUGACUGUAAAUAAUUGACCUGUGUUACAUGCAAAAAAUCAUCUCACACAUUGUGUUUGGGCACAAAAUUUGAUGUAUCUGGUGUAUGAUUGUGAAAUUGAUAAGGUUAAUAAAUAAAUGUAAUAAUUCUUUAUGAUGAAUUAAUAAAUACCACACAACCUCUACAUUCAACAUGUUAGUUUAGUUUUCCUUGUGUCAUUUUCCUGACAUUACAACAUUUUUGUUAGCUCCAUAAAUAAUGAAUAUGUGGAUUGUGCAUAUCUAUAAAUCAUUUAUGAAAGUUCAUAUAUUUAUGGAACAUACUAAUUCCUCUGAUUGUAAAACCUGUGACAUUGGAGAAACUAUUAAAUCAGAACUGCCACAACUGUGGACUGUUUUUUGUAA